GCCAAACUUCUUUUUCGUGUGACAAAGCAAACAAACACUCAAUUACUCAAACUCAAAUAUGGGAAGUACUUUUGAAUUAGAUGAGGAUGAUAUUUUCUAUAAGGAUUUGAGCAAACGUAUCUCUCUUCUGAUCAUGGAUGAUGAUCAUGACAAUGAUGCUGAGCCAUUUGUUCAGUACCCAUCAGCAAUUUUGGAGACAUUUACUCAAGAAAGGCAAGAAGCUACAUUUUUCAGUUACGACAAUCAGGAGAUGGAAAAGAAAUCGGAAAGCAAAGGUACGGGAGUUUUCAUCCCGGCCCCUUCGGCUUUUCGUCCAAGGAGAAAUAGGCGACGCGGAAAACCAACCAGAAAGUCUCGAGUUGCCUUGGAAUCAUAGCUCUCUGAAAAAAACUGUGCUGCUAAUAAUAUCCAAGUAAUAAGAAUAAUAAUAAUAAAAAAAGUAGAGAUUUCAUAAUCUUUUGAUUGGAUAUAUGUGCAAGAAAAGGUGUGUACUUUUAUGUUGAAAAAAGUCUCAAUUAAGUUGAUCAAAAGGUUGGUUCAUUAAUACUUCAAUGUACUGAAGUUUCGUUAUUUGCUCUCUAUGCAAAUAUGGUGCUUGCAUAGUAUUUUAGAUUUAUGCUAAAGAAUGGUGCGGUUGGAUAAUUCUGAAUUUUUUCUUCAAUUGGAGAACGAAAAAGAAUUUGAAAAAACACAAUUUGG